AGCGUCAAGCGGAUAACUAUCUGGGAGCUGUUCAAAAAUUUAUCUGGAGUGCGGCAUAUCCAAAUCCCUUCCACAAAAGACAACGAGGAUGACGUCGUCUCGAUCUAUCCGGACUUUCUAAACAUAAGUAUGAACCCUUAUCUGGAUGAGAUCGAGCAAUACCAUCGUCUCCACCGCGUGCUUCCAGACACGUCUUCUCUGUCACCAAGUGAAGUUGCGCGGGAAGCUCAGCUGCAGGCUAUGAAAGAUGCCUUCCACCAGGAGGACAGAGGACGAGACGUCGCAAAAAUGGUCCACGACCAGAUAGUGAAAUUCCUCAACGACUAUAACUCGGGCGGUUACUUCUCUCCAUACACGUCGCUCAUUGGACCAAGUGGCAUCGGCAAGAGCUUCUUGGUAAAGCAGAUGGCAUACCAGAAUCGUAUCUACAUUGUUUAUGCCAGUCUGGGAAUUCCGGCAGCUUGCUGCUAUCCAGGGCGCUCAGCCAUCGCCGACUUGAUCGGUUUCAUCCAUGACAGACCCGCUAUGAUAAUGUUCUUCGAAUGCUAUAUAGUGGCAAGUUUGGUCCACGUCGAGCUUUGCAAGGACUUUGGAAUUACCGCGGCAGCUUUCUUUGACCUACAGGUCGACGAGCUCUUUGCGGAAUUUCAAACUACUCUCUCAAAACAUGUGAUGGGUUUCUAUAACAAGGUCAACGGCGAAUACUCCAUCAAGCAGGGCAAAGGAGGUCGACGGGAGCGGUCCGACCAAGACUGGAAGCCUUUUGACUACCAGGGAUACAUUGAUGAAUUCCUUGAGGAGUAUAAAAGCGAUGUCAGAUAUCUCUUCCGGCAAGCCCGGGAACAGCUUCGCUCAUCCGAAAAAUACGCUCAUUACAUCUCUGAAAGCAGAAUCGAGAUGAACAACGGAUAUAACGAGCCUUCCGUCCUCAUUUGUUUUGACGAGGCCCAGGAGCUUAUCUCCGAUUGGAGUUAUGCUCGUGAUAUGAGAUUCUGUGCCCUGCGAAGGGCCAUGAGGAACCAGACGUGUCUCGGAUUCUCGAAGGAUAUUAAGAAACGCUGUGAUGUCGAUAGAAAGCGAUUCUUUGGUCUCCUGCUUGACACCGUGACACGAAUUUCCGACCCUUCUCCACAGGAUACUUUCGACCCAAGCCUGAAGGCUGUAAGCGACCGGCAUGUGUUUCCACCUAUCUAUCAGAUCGAUUCGAUGAACGUCUUUGUUGAUGACGCUGCAGAUAGCCAGUACCAUCCGGAUCAACUGAUAGGGGCCCGGGUGAGAGUAAUGCUCUCAGACACCUUUUUUCCUUUGGGCGACCCCUGUGGGGUGCUGUGCUGGAAAAACACAGUGUGUAUACGGUCGCAAAGCUGGCCGACGCCAAAAUCCGUAGUGGCAGAAAACUUAUUGGUCGUAACGGACAACGGUGAUGAGACCGAAGCACUCGCGCUGAUCUCAUACCGGAUGAAUUUCGAUGUUGCGCUGUUCAGCCUUGCAGAGAAACUUACCUCGGGUUAUCUCAGAUGCAUCGUUGACAUCAAUGUUGAGCGCACAUUGCUGCGUACCACGCAGCCAUCAGAGCCCAUCAUUGCUUUCUUGUCUGCUGAUAAAACGCUACAUGAUCGUGAUAGUCGUGUGAGGGCAGUCAAAGCGCUUUAUAAAAACACGACAAAAGGUUUCAUUCACCUGGGAGACAUUGGAGAAGCAGUGGCAGCACUGGUGUUGCUGUUUACCUUCGACAAAGUGCAUCAUACUGUCAAUGGGAGGUGGCCAGCACCUGUCAAGCUUUCUACCUUCAUCUCGAUCUUGUUUCCAAGCAGCAAACUGGGAAUGAUCGAAAGGUGCAUGACCGAUAAGAGAGAAAUGCAAUCCCUGUGGGAAAACGGGUAUGUCUUCUUCAACCAUUUCGUGAGGCUCUCGGAGAGUAGUCCAACGGCAAAGACUCUGAAGAGAGCCUAUGACCGUGGCGCGGCGAUCUUCCCACCGCUAGGAUAUAAGGGAUGCGAUAUCAUCAUUCCGGUGUCUCUCCGAGGGCAACAGAAGAUGACAUACCUGAUUAUCCAGGUGAAGAACCGCCGCAAUGACAGUCUGACAAACGCUCUUCGGAACGAGGCUAAGGAAGCGCUCAAGUCGGCUGCAGGGCUUCUUCUCACAAGCUCCCCACACCUGGGCAUUCUCAUGUCUCUCCGCAGCAGGGAAGGACAGCAGGAGAUGGAUGUGGUGUAUCCGCUCGAGCGGCCGGCUCAACGACCCCCAUCCGGUCGACAGGGAAAGAAGAUGGGCGACACAAACUACGUCUGGAACGACAUGAACCGGGUUGUCAUUGCCGCCGUCGGGAUGGGCGUUGACCUGUAUCCGGGGGUUGGGUUUGGCCAUCGGCCUGAGAACGAACCACAGACGGUGGAGAUGGUGCAGUACCUCAACAGUCUACUCGACCAGACGGCGGAGAUGCCGACGAAGGAGGAGAACUCUUACUAUGAGUAUCUUCUAUCACCAGUUGUGUGA